CCGCCCCUGGGCAACACCCUUGGGUGCAAAAAAAUUUAAUUUUUUUUGUCCAUUUUCAUUUAGAAAGAGAUCCUAAACUCACACUUUCUUAUUGUUUAAGCUGAUGCACUAUAGGAAAAGUUGUCAGUAUAUUGUUCCAUGGUUGUCGUGCAUUUCUCAGGAACAUCUACUUUUUUUAUAUAUAUUAUAUUUCUCUGGUACAAAGUAAAGUUUAAUAUAAGAAAAACUUGGUGUUCCUAAAAACAUAUUGUGACCGAUGAGUAAAGACAAGACAAGGUUUGAAAGCUUUUACUCUGUGAAGGCCUGAAUUGAUCAGCACUAUUAACUAACUUCUCGGUUAUAUCAUCAAAUAUGUUUUCUAAAAGUUGUGACGGGUUGAAUUGAAUAGACCUUAUUUUGUUUGGAACCUUUUGUAACUUGUCUGGCGUGACUGAAGUCCGAAUGAUAAGAACAGCAUGUCUGCAAUCAAACAGCCCUCUGAAGUCUGAACUUCUCUGAUUAAGAUAGAUCUUGAAAUCCUAUGGACAAUAGCUUGGAAAGAUAUUUACACUCGCAUAAAAUACAAAAGAUCUUAGGCAUACAGGGUCUACAACAAAAGUGGAUCUUGGUUAUUGGCUGUCUCACUUCGUAGCACUGGCCCUAAUUACCACCAGGCCCUCAUUCAAAUGAGUUAUUAAGUCCCUUCUGAUGUUUAGGUAUUUCAGUUUUGUUUGACUUUUCAUUUUUUGGAUUCCAGGAAUAGAAUGAGAAUGCUCCUCUGAAACAAGCAUCUUAUUAGAGAGUAAUUGGAUUUUUGUAUAAUUGUUGGGCUUCAUGUUUUCACAUGGUUUAUUUCCUCUUGACAAAGUACAGGUCUAAUUUAUUUAGUCUUUUUCAUUUGGGUGUUUUGUGUUUCAGAUCGGUUUGUUGCUGCUAGAAUCAUUGCCGCUUCUUGGUUAUUUUUCAUUGUUCCAUCCUGAAAACCAAGCUGUUCUUCGAUGGGGAAAGAGCCCUACUAUUCUUCACAAGGUAUGCGACCUUCCUUUUAUGUUCUUUAGUGAUCCAGAGUUAAUGCCAGUCUUGGCGGGUACCAUGGUUGCUGCCUGCUUUGGAUGUGAACAGAACAAGGAUGUCAUUCAGCAAGAACUAAGCACCGAUAUGCUCCUUGCUUUGCUGAAAGCUUGUAGAAGUAGUCUUCCCUCUGCUAAUUCUUUUACCAUACCUAAUAAUCCAUCACUAGAUGAGGCUGGUGCAACUGCUCAGCUGGGUCCUGAAUCUAAAAAUCUUCAAGUUGAUGUCCCACUAAAGUCAAACCGCAAUAGUCGCAAUGCUCGGGUCCUUCCCCAAAGAGGUAGUCCAUUGCUGACUACUAGAACUGCCAGGAUCCGAAGCUUAAGAGAGAACAAAGUGGUAAAGCCUUGUGAAGGCAAGAGUCUGAAAAGCAAUUCACCUGUGCCAGAGAGCACAACCGCAUGGAUGUUACACUCUAGACUAUCUACUGACGUACUUGAUAAAGCAGAGCAGUUUUUUGCUGCAGUCACCUGCAAUGAGAAUGGAGAAUUAUGAAUUUACUUACUGUAUAGCUUUAAGUUGUAUCCAUUUUUUUGAGUGCUUAAUGUCAAAUAAGCAUGGUAUAUGACACUGUAAUCUUCUUUACAGUUAGAUACUGCUGGUUAUUCGUUAGGAACUGCUAAAUUUAAAGAUGUAGGUUCCUUUAAACGCUAAUAAGACAACUGCAGCAACUGUUGCUUGAUUUUAGUGACAUCUUACUGCACUUCUAAAUUCUAAAGCCACUCUCUUUUUUCCUAA